AUUGUUUGUUAAGGAAUGUGCACCAAAAUAUUGAUGGAAGGAUGAUUUAGUAAGAAUUGAAACAUGAGGGGUCUAAUUUAAAUUUGUGACGAACACUUGGGGAUGCAAAUGAAAUUUGAGCCUGCAAAGUUUGACUAGCAAGACUGAGACAAGAAAAAACAAUUGGGCGACCGAGAAAAACCCCGGCCAUGGCGCAAGACAGCCAUAUUCCCUUCUUCCCUCAAGCUUAGAAUCUCCGUUUCUUUUCUUCAAUUCGUUAGAUUAAUUUAUAUCCGACUUGCCUCAUAAUCAAUUUUAUUUUAUUUAUUUAUGUUGAAUUAAGGACUAAUCGCCGCCGCAUUUAUUCUUCCGAUCAUAAUAGAUGUACGGCCGAUUGUUUCUGCUCUUUCUAUUCGCAAUCUUUCUGUUCGGCGCAUUUUCCAUCUCUGCCAACGAUUUUCUUAAUUCACAUGGUGGUGUCAAACGCCACGGCGGCGUUUUUGGGGCUCCCGGUCGGACUUUGUUGUCAGAUACUAAGGAGGGACCUGAUACUGCAUUAGUGGCUGCUUUGGAUGGUACUGUUUAUCUAUUGGAAGUUGGUUCGAUGAAACCACUCUGGUCAUUUUCAUCAGGACCACAAAUUUAUUCAUCAUAUCAGGCUCCUGUUAAUGAUAAAGAGAAUGCAUCGGGAUUAGAGGGCACUUACUUCAUUGAUUGCGGUGAUGAUUGGGAACUUUAUGCACACAACAGCCUUGGCAAACUGAAACUUAUGAAGAGUCUUGAAGAGUAUAUCAGUUCAACACCUCAAAUUGCAGAGGAUGGGGGAAUUGUACUUGGUUCAAAAAAAACAACUGCUUUUUUAGUUGAUGCGAAGACUGGAAAGGUCAUCAAUAUAUACAGGAUGCCCGAUUCUAUGCAGAACACUGUUAAUGAUCUUCCUUACAAUACCACUGUUAAGGAAUCUGGUUCUGACCAGGGCAAAGACGAGCUACCACUUUACAUCACAAGGACAGAUUACAGAUUGACGUCAUUUACACCUAAUUCAGACAAAGUCUUGUGGAAUAUGUCAGUCUCUGAAAUUGGAGCUGCUUUUCUUUGUAGAGAUGUUGAGAAGUCAUUUGGGAGUUCUCUACCGGAUUUGGAGUCUUCUGAACCUGGUCUUCCUUAUAACAUGCCACUACCAUGUCAGUCAAGGGCACAUGUCUAUCGUUUUCGCAAUCACAAUAUGUUGGAUGCUUUGACUUUACCACAUGGACAGUCAAAGGAUCUUCAUCAAGAUAUGCUCCUUCCAGCAUCUGCAGGCAAUGUUCUCCCAUCACAGCCAAAUGUUGACAAAGUUCUCGAAUUACUUCCUUUGCCGAGCGGUAGUGGUAACUUCCAAGAGGCACAUGACGGCAAGGACAUUGACUCUGUUCUUCCUUCGCAUAAAUUCGAUGAAAAUAGUGGUGGUAUUAUGAUAUUUCUUCAGACGUUCGGCACAUUUCCUCUCAUUCUUGUUUUGCUAGUGGUUGUUGCAUAUCUAGUCUAUAAAGUCAAGUUUACUGUGCAGCCUAUUGGCAUGAGUUCUACGAAUAUACAAUCAAAAAAGAAGAAAUCUCGUAAAAAUGGAAAGGGGGGAAGUAACGUUGGGAAACAAGAUAAAGAAGAAAAUGAGGUUCAACAACAAGCUAAUAACGAGAAUGGUGGCAACUUUUGGCUGAACUUGAAAGAACCAAUUUCUUGCAGUAUUGAUGGACGCAAAAUUGGUAAGUUAGUUGUUUCUAACAAUGAGAUCGCAAAAGGUAGUAACGGUACAAUGGUUCUUGAAGGGGUUUAUGAAGGUCGUCCGGUUGCUGUGAAGCGCCUUGUUAGAGCCUAUAAUGAUGUUGCCUUUAAAGAAAUCCAAAAUCUUAUUGUGUCUGAUCGCCAUCCAAAUAUUGUAAGAUGGUUUGGAGUAGAGCAAGACCAAGAUUUUGUUUAUCUUGCAUUGGAGCGCUGUUCUUGCAGCUUAAAUGAUCUAAUCCAUAUGCAAUUAAAGUCCUCUUCGAACCCCACUCUUGGCAAGAACUUGGAUGCAGAGUUUGCACCACAGUGUACAAUCAGUUUGGAUUCUAUAAAGGAUUUUGAGUUGUGGAACUUAGAUGGCUAUCCUUCACCUUUGUUGCUGAAACUGAUGAGGGAUGUAAUAUCUGGAAUUGCACAUCUACAUGAAUUAGGAAUUGUUCAUCGGGAUCUGAAGCCUCAGAAUGUGUUGAUAGUAAGCGAAAGAUCUCUUUUUGCAAAGCUCUCUGACAUGGGCAUUAGCAAACGGCUUGUUGGAGAUAUGUCUUCAUUGAGUAAUCAUGCUACAGGCUGUGGAAGUUCUGGAUGGCAAGCACCUGAACAACUUCUUCUUGGGCGUCAAACACGGGCAGUCGAUUUAUUUAGUCUUGGCUGUGUUUUGUUUUUCUGCAUGACUGGUGGUAGACAUCCCUUCGGAAACCGUCUCGAACGUGACAUUAAUAUUGUAAAAAACAAACUUGACCUUUUCCUGGUGGAACAUAUUCCAGAAGCAGUGGACCUAUUAUUGCAUUUGUUAGAUCCUGAUCCUGAAAGGAGGCCAAAGGCAGUGGACGUGCUUUACCAUCCUUUGUUCUGGAGUCCCGAGAUGCGGCUUUCGUUUCUCCGUGACACAAGUGACAGGGUGGAAUUGGAAGACAGGGAGACGAGUUCUGAUCUCUUGAAAUCAUUAGAAAGUGUAGCGAAUAUUGCUUUGGGUGCAAAGUGGAAUGAAAAGAUGGAACCUACAUUUCUUAAUAACAUUGGGCAUUAUAGACGUUAUAAGUUUGACAGUGUUCGUGACUUACUAAGAGUCGUACGCAACAAGUUGAAUCAUUACAGGGAGCUUCCUACAGAAAUUCAGGAAAUAAUCGGACCGGUACCAGAAGGAUUCGAUAGGUAUUUUAGGAGUCGUUUCCCAAAACUAUUGAUUGAAGUGUACAAAGUUAUGAUCAAAUACUGCUCUGCUGAAGAUAGCUUUUCCAAGUACUUCGGCGGCAGUGAACCGUAGCUUGGCUGCUUUGAGGCUUAUGGUUUGGGAUGUGUUGUAUGUUGUAGAAUAUAUGUUGUAUAUUUAUUACAUUUAUUAUGCACUAAGUUAAUAGAAAGUGCUGUCAUGACUCAUGAAAGAGUAUCAAUAGGUUGGUGUUAACUGAGAACUUUUUAGUUCAUAUAAUUAACUUAUUUAACUUGGGA